AUGACUGGGUCUGAAGCAGAGACUGUGAUCUGUAAAGGAAAGGAUAAAAGUGAGGGCGAUCGGGUUCAUCUAAAACGCAGCAUCAGUCUGCUGCCCGCUUUCUCUUUUGUUGUAGGCUCAGUGGUGGGCAGUGGCAUUUUUAUUGCACCCAAAGGUGUGCACAUAAAUUCUGGCAGUGUGGGUCUUUCACUGCUUGUAUGGAUACUGUGUGGAGUCUUGUCCACUUUAGGUGCGUUGUGCUAUGCUGAGUUGGGUACCUGUUUCAAAAAAUCUGGUGGCCAUUACACAUAUUUGCUUGAGACCCUUGGGCCUCUUCCUGCCUUUCUGAGACUCUGGUCUGAGGUCUUUUUUAUAAGACCUGCAGUGACUGCUUAUAUAUCACUAGCUUUUGGACACUAUGCUGUUGAGCCCUUUUUUAUGCCAUGCCCAGCUCCUACAGUAUUGGUCAAACUGGUCAGUGUCCUGGGCUUCACAUUUCUGGUGGCAUUGAACUGCUGGAGCGUGUCGUUGGCAUCCCGUACACAAGUCACCUUACUGAUGAUUAAGCUCAUGGCUCUUGCUGUAAUCAUCAUCCCAGGCAUCAUGGCAUUGGUCAAAGGAAAAACAGAAAAUUUUCAGAAUGCUUUUUACUCUGAGUCCCUUACACUGACAAAGCUUCCCCUGGCAUUCUACUCAGGACUUUAUGCCUAUUCUGGAUGGUUUGUAUUAAACUUUGUGACAGAGGAAGUUAUCAAUCCAAAUAGAAAUAUUCCACUGGCCAUUAUUCUGUCCAUGGCCACAGUUACUAUUUGCUACGUGCUGGUUAAUGUAGCAUACUAUACAGUGAUGACUGGAGAGGAGCUGCUCAGAUCUGAUGCUGUUGCUGUGACAUUUGCCAGCCAAGCCAUGCCUUGGAUAGCACCAGUGGUGCCUCUUCUGGUGGCCAUGUCCUGUCUUGGAUCAUUGAAUGGUGGGAUCUUUUCAGUACCUAGAAUGGUCCUUGUGGCAUCCAGAGAAGGACAAUGGCCAGCUCUGUUCUCCAUGAUCCACGUACGAAGAAAGACACCCGUCCCUGCUAUAUUAUUGCUGUACCCUAUAGUAAUCAUUGUGUUAGCACGAGGAGAAAUCUUUCAACUGAUUAACUUUGCCUCCUUCUCCCGCUGGCUCUUCAUUGCCUUGGUUACACUGGGGCUCCUCAUCCAUCGUUAUCGAUUUCCAGACCAUCCCAGGGCAUUUAAGGUUCCCCUGCUUGUACCUGUGAUCUUCACAUUGGUGUGUUUUUUCAUCGUGGGUCUGUCUUUGUAUUCGGAUCCCUGGAACACAGGAGGAAGCUUUGCUCUUAUCUUCACUGGAAUCCCUGUAUACUACUUGGCUGUAAAGCAAUCGCAUAUACCCACCCGGUGGAGAAGAGUUUUUAACUUCUGCAGCAGACAACUUCAGAUCUUGUUGGAAGUGGUGCAACAGGAAGUUCAGAACUACUAAGAGGGCACAAUACAUGUGUUCUCAUUUGAUGAAAGUAGCCUAAAUAUAAGGCAGUAUACCAGGAGUGGGCAAUUACAUUUUGAAAGGGGCCACAUGAGAAACUG